CCGGAAGUGCGGACAUAGGCAUUUCGGCUCCGCGAUCACCGGAGCUCAAGCCUGCUACAAUGGUGUGCAUUCCUUGUAUCGUCAUUCCGGUUCUGCUCUGGGACUACAAAAAAUUCCUGGAACCAUACAUAUACCCUCUGAUUGCCCCUUUUGUUAGUCGUAUAUGGCCUAGAAAAGCUAUACAAGAAUCCAACGAUAAAAAUAAAGGCAAAGUAGACUGUAAGGGUGGAGACAUAAAUGGAUUACCAACAAGAGGACCAGCAGAAAUCUCUGAUAAAAAGAAAGACUAAAAUGAUUUUCCCAAAGGAUUUCAUCAUUUUUAAGAUGGACCUGACGAUAUAAAGCACCUUCUUUGUGCUUGUCUCUGACUAUUUUCACUGAGACCAGAAUUCUGGGUAGAUAGAUUAGGUAUUUACCUGAUAUGAAUCAGGGAAAUACAUGGUAUAGAUAUUUCAAAUGUAGUUAGUUAUAUUUAAUGACCUCAUUCCUGAGUUCCUUUUUCAUUAAUGUAGCAUUCAUUUAUUUCUACUUGCUGUUUUAAUAAUAUGAAUAAAUAGAAGAUCUGUGCUAGUA